AUGCCUUCAGACGACGUCACAUACCAGGACCUUGUGGACCGGAUCUCGUACUCGGACCGCUACUCGGACGACGAGUACGAGUAUCGACAUGUACAGCUGCCGCGGCAAUUGCUGAAGCUCAUCCCAAAGGAUUAUUUCGAGCCCGACAGCAACGUCCUGCGGUUGUUGACGGAGGACGAGUGGCGAGGAAUCGGCAUUACUCAGUCACUGGGUUGGGAACACUACGAGACACACGCGCCCGAACCGCACAUCCUCCUCUUCCGACGCGAGAAGGACUACCAAAAGAAGUACGGCAACGGCAUGCGGUAA